AUGGCUACCAUAAUAAACUGGAACAACUAUCCCUCGGACGGAGUGGCUAACACUCCCACUGGCGCACCACCACCACCUCCUCACCCUUCCUACCUCCAAAUCUUAUUGAAAGACGUCAACGCAAACAAAAAGUCGCGCGGUGUCGAGGCCCCUGGUCCUAACGUCAAGUCCGAGUCUACCGAGUCAACCAAAAAGACAGGCGGUACAAAGAAUUACGACGACUACGUACACGGACACCCCACAGGCGGUACAAAGGGCUUGUUUCGCUCCGCCUCUCAAUUCGCGAUCCACGUCGUCAGUCUGCUCAAGAACGACAUUCAGAACUGCCGCUGUUGGUCUUGCAGACCCAACGAAAAACCCAAGAACAAGAAGAAGUCCACGACUACUCAGCAAUCUGUCUCGCCUAGUGCAUCCGCCCCUGACAACAUGACUUUCUCUUCCCCCGCGAUGGAUGUCGACUACAUGCAGCCCCCUAUUAAUGCUGGCAUUGAUGAUGACGGAACUCCCAACGUCCUUGAAGGUCUUCUGCGCCAAGCUAAGCAGAACCAGGGACAGCCCAUCAGCGUGGCUAUAACAGAGCCUCUCUCGAUGGACUGGCUGGCUGAACAAGAACUCGCCAAUCUACCCUCCUACCUCGAGGCUCUUAAGACCUCCGCACGUUGGGCUCCUCGCCUCGGCGAGAUCGUCCUCAUUGCGCGCAAUCUCAAGGACGCCCAGCUGGUCAAGUUUGACGAUCAGGCUGGUAUCAACAAGAUCCACGAUCCUCAGCUAGGCUGGAUCGGCCUGCCUGUCUGGGAGGCCGCUGUCGUCACUCAGACCGGCAAGAAUCAUCUUACCGCCGGCCUUCUCGACCAGAAGCAACCUAUCACAGACGUGGAUUCUUUCCGCGUUGAACCCAUGCCUGAGAUUGGCAACUCGGACAAGCCCUGGUCGACUCGCUUCAAGACUGUCCAGAUGCUCAACGUCCGUCCCUUCCACUUCUGGCAGGAACUCAUGAACGGCGCUGACAUCGACAACCCUCGCGAGUGCCACCCCACUGUCCGCCAUGCUCUGGCCGCCAUGGCCUCCAUGUCUGUCGUUGGACGCUACCACUUCAGUUCUAACGGAAAGGAGGCUCGCGUCUACUGCAAGGGCGUGUACAUUGGCGCCGAGUUCGUCGUCCCAGGCGAUGUCGUUCGCUUUUCUUCAGCCAUCCACAACAACAGCGUCGGCAAAGAUGUCGUCCACAUCAAGCACAUUUACGUCAGCUACAACCUCGAGCGCGAGCCCACUCCCCCUGGAAGUGUCCACAUUGUGGGUGUUGCAUACACCACUGACAACCAGCACGCCUUUGGCCAGUACCAACGCNCCCUCCCUUUCGAAUCCUUGCCUUUUGCCGACAUGCGCGCCUACGGUCUCUGGUACAAGAUGGGAGAAGGCGACACCCUGGUCCGCAUGCCAUACACCAAGCUCUACACUCGCCUCUUGGAAAAGCAGUGGAUGUCGGCUGUCGUCGGUAAGCCCGCAACCACUAGAGCUGCCGCUGGAGGUGGUGCUCUGGGUAUCAACAAGGACCACAACCUCGACGUCACUUACGGUGUCGAUGGCGUCCGCAUCGCUCGUGACUACUCGACUAGACACGAUGCUCGCAUCGACAAGAACUCAGGACAGCUCUGGUAUCUGGGCGAGAACCGUGUUGAUCAGCUCGACCUCACUCUGAUCAACGGCCAGGAUGUCGGUCACAAGGCUCGCUAUGGCUUCGAGUCCACUCCCACCCCUCUCCAGGAGUCUCACCUCAAGGCCAUGUUCCGCGCUCGCAGCGCCCGCCAGAAGGCACCCAUUCUCAAGGUCGCCCACACCAACUCGGGCCCACCCGUCGACCAACACCACCAAGCCUCGGAUCUGACCGACAGCGGCAUGACCGAUUUCCAAAACGUAAGCACCGCGGAAAAGGUCGAAGAAGNNGAGCGUGCGAAAACUGAUUUUAUACAGCGUUACAUUGACAAAUUCGAGAGCGAAUUCACCCAGCGCACCACCGACGAAGACAUGGACGAGUUCCUCUCAUAG